AUGCCACCCAAGAAAUCGCGGUCAAUAUCUCCGGCGACCGAGCGCCGUGAGCGCCUGACAUUGGCUAAACUGGCCAGCUAUGACGAUGUCGCAACAGAUGCGCUAGUUGAUCAUGCUUAUUUCUGGACCACUACGCGCAAGAAUCGUACCAAGUACAGCCCGGCCCGCGGCAUCCACGAUGACGACGUAGGCCGUAUCCUCUUACACGAUGUGGUUGUUGCCAAGGACAUACAAACAGGCGAACGCAAGCUGUUGGAAUUGCCGGGACUAAAAAAAUACUUGACCAACUUGCCUAGUGCCCGUGAGAAGGAGUGGUUUCGCCGUCAUCUCCGCAAAUAUGUGCAGAUGUACCACCCGGACUGUCCCUUUGAGGUCACUACCACAAACCGGUAUAUCAUCACGCAACACGAAGCCGCAAUAUGCGCUCGCAAGCUCAUUAAAUCGGGCCAGGAGAUCAAAUAUCUGAGCGGGACUCUUGUAUCUAUGACCAAGGAAGAAGAGUUGGAUCUGGGCUUGACUCGAAAGGAUUUCAGCGUGGUGAUGUCUAGCCGCCGGAAGACCCCUUCGUUCUUUCUCGGACCCGCUCGCUUCGCCAACCACGACUGUGAUGCUAAUGGUCGCUUGGUGACUCGGGGCACCGAGGGCAUGUCUGUUAUGGCCACGCGUAACAUUUACGAAGGUGAAGAAAUUACGGUCUCAUAUGGAGAGGAUUAUUUUGGUAUUGACAAUUGUGAAUGUCUGUGUUUGACUUGCGAACGUAGCGCCCGUAACGGCUGGGCGCCACAAUCACAUUCGGACUCGGAUACGAACAGCAAGGAGUCUACCCCGGUCUCAAUGGACGAGGAGACGUCGGCAGAAAUUCCCAGCAAAAAACGCCGACGAGAUUCUGACUUGGAUGUGGAAUCGCCCCCCACAUUAUGCUCUACCCCCCGCAAGAAGGCCAAAUUCCAGCGCCAAACUUCCAAAUUGCGCGAAGAGAUCUCUCUCACUGAGCUUACUGCAACCCCGGAUACCGAUCUUCCUCCCACACCUGACUCUGGUUUCGAUUCAACGGUCGUUGUGACCCACAUAGGGGGCGACCGACAUUCUAAGCUGAGACAAGAGUUGAUUGUCGAUAAUAUUCCCGAGGCCAUACCCACUGUCCUAGGAUUUGAUCAUUCUAGUUUCCCAGCGAUCACCGGUCAGACCGCCCCGAUCGAGUCCAUCGAGACCACUAUUACAACCACUAUCUCUCCCAUCGAUUGUGGAUCUCCCGAAUCUGCUACAGUGGAAUCCAACCGGUCGUCCACAUCAAGCGUUCCUACUUCAGUGAUCGAGCCGGGUCUCAAGACUUUGGUCGAAGAUAUCGAAGCUCGUCAGGAUGGUACCAAGAUCUCUGCAGGACACCCAGAUGCUGUUCGCACAUUGGCGAACGGUGACCAAGAUUUGCUGUCGGAGCGAUCGAAAUCAGCUGACCUCGAUGACGAGGCACUUGAAAAUAUUAGCGAUAAACCCAAGGCCCGCCGAACCCGUCGCCAAUGGAAGAUUAUCGCCUCUGUCGAGGACAAGAUGCCCAUCGUGCGAGCCCCCGGCGACUACACCAAAACUUCACGACUCCUCGCCCAGAAAUAUGACCGCUGGGUAGACUGCCAAACAUGUGACGUAUGGUUUGUCCAGUCUAAUUCAUACCAGACCCGCCGGGAGUGCCCUCGGUGUGAGCGGCAUUCUAAACUGUAUGGAUUCCAGUGGCCCAAGACAGACAAGGGCAGUGAUGGUGAAGAUCGAGUCAUGGAUCACCGCACGAUCCAUCGAUUCCUCUCCCCAGAUUCCGAGGCUCGCGUGUCACGCCGUGAUCGGGGCGUCAGCUUUGGCAUCACCCCUACGCCCGAACUCUCCGAUACUCGCACCGACACAGAGACCAGCGACGCCCCCGAGCCACGUCGCAACACCCGCGCCAGCCGCCGCCUUACCCGAGAACUACGAAUGACGAUGUAA